UUUUUUUGUUUUGUCGCGUCGCUGGAGCAACUGCGCGUUUAGUUGUUAUCCAGUGUGUGGACCACUAUACAGGGGUAAUACGCGGAGUUGUUGAAUGGUGACUACAGGUGGCGGCGCGUUGAAUGGCGAUGAUUGUCGCAAGAUGUGCCGAGUCACGCACUUUGUCCCCACGUUCGCCACCCUAUUGUUAGCCUGGUUGCUUUGUCAGCCGUUCUCUAUUCUGUUUAUGUAACAGCGAGUGCUAAUACCCCGCGUCCGUUACAUUUGUAAAGACACUUCUAAACGUCACUCGAUUCGUUUUCUUUUGUCCCGUUUUAUUUAAUCGGUUUCCAAAAACGGCGUCCCCAGACGGAAACGUAGCGCUAACAGCUGUAACAGUGCUGCAAUAAACUUUUCCCCCGUCCGCCAAGCGGCCUGCCCCGCGCCCCUGAAAACAUCCAGAGCACGAGGUCGGUAGGAGGGGGUGCUGUUGUUGCCUGGGUUACGGGACUCAGUUCCAUCCCAAUUGGUCCACUGUCGCUUAAGACUGCGUCGCAGCCGACAAGUGACACGAGACUCUGGACGGCGACCUGCUUGAGGGCGGAUUCUUUCAUGAAGGGUCACUGAACGGAUAACACUAUUCGAAUUAACAAGGUCGCGUGUCUGUCGGGACGAGUGAGAUGUCUGGGGGACUUCCAACCAAAACCAGCCCGGACCCCGAUCCAGAUUCAGAGUCGGAGGAGGUCACAGAGGAGGUGUGUCUGGAGUCUGAACUCCAGGACGGAGAGAUGAUGGAGGUGGAGGUGGGACACCACAACGUCCUGCUGGUUCGCAGUGGAGGACACUACAGUGCCAUUGGGAACCAGUGCACACACUAUGGGGCUCCCCUCAGCAAAGGGGCGUUGUCGGGGAACAGGGUGCGGUGUCCGUGGCACGGGGCGUGUUUUAACGUGAAGACGGGAGAUCUGGAGGAGUUCCCCGGCCUGGACUGCCUACCCUGCCACAAGGUAGAAGUCAGAAACAGCAAGGUCUUUGUGUCAGUAAACAAACAGUCUCUGAAACAGAGGAAACGGGUGAAGGAAAUGGGGAGGAGGGACCCGGGGGUGAUCCACACCAUGCUGCUGAUCGGAGGAGGGUCGGCCUCCUUGGUCUGCGCCGAGACCCUCAGGCAGCAGAACUACGGCGGCCGCAUCGUCAUGGUGACCAGCGAUGACCUGCUGCCCUACGACAAGACCACGCUCAGCAAGGUGAUGAACGUGCAGAGUGACAGCAUCCUGCUCAGGCAGAUGGAGUUCUUCCUGCGGCACGACAUCGAGGUGUGGCUACGGAAGGAGGCUAAGGCCCUGGACACCCGCAGUAAGACGGUGACGUUCAGCGACGGUUCCUGGCAAAGCUACGACCAGCUGCUCAUCUCCACAGGCUGCAGGGCCAGGAAGCUGGACUGCGCGGGAGCGGACCUGCAGAACGUGUGCCUGCUGCAGACGCCCGAGGACGCGCGCAGGAUCCACUACUCCUGCUUCAGGAAGCACGUCGUCAUCGUGGGCACCUCCUUCAUCGGCAUGGAGGUGGCCUCCUACAUGACGGGCAGGGCCCGGAGCGUGACGGUGAUCGGGAGCAGCGAGCUUCCGUACCAGAAGACCCUGGGCCCCGAGAUCGGGAGGCUCACCCUGCAGAUGCUGGCAGCGCAGGCGGUGAAGUUCUUCAUGAAUGACAGCGUGCUGGAGAUCAGAGGAGAGAGCGGAAAGGUGAAAGAGGUGUUGCUGAAGAGUGGUACAGUCCUUCCUGUUGAUGUUUUGAUCGUGGGGAUUGGUGUGGUCCCCAACUCGGAAUUUCUGCAGGGGAGUCAAGUGGAGCUGGACUCCAAGAACUUUGUGCCUGUAGACAAGUGCAUGCGCACCAGUGUUCCGGGCGUGUUCUGUGCUGGAGACCUGGCCUGCUUCCCUCUCACCAUGGCCCAGGACCGGAGGGUCAACAUCGGCCACUGGCAGAUGGCUCAGGCCCAGGGAAGGAUAGCUGCCUUAAACAUGCUGAACCGGGAGACAGAACUGAGCUCCGUCCCCUUCUACUGGACCGUGCUGCUAGGCAACACCAUUCGCUAUGCAGGCUUCGGGGAAGGAUACACUGAGAUGGUGCUGAAGGGAAGAUUCGAGGACAUGAAGUUCCUCGCGUUUUACAUCAAGGACGACGUGGUGGUGGCGGUUACGGGCUUGAACUUUGACCCCGCGAUAUCCCAGGUGGCCGAGAGGCUGGCGACGGGGAAGGUGAUCACCAAGGCGAUGGCGGAAUCGGAUGACCUGAGCUGGCUGAAGCUGCCCUGAUGGCGGAGGUGUGCCCAGCUGGAACACGGAACCCUCCCACCUGCCAAUCACAUCACCUGUCCUUCACCUUCUGGAACCCUCCCACCUGCCAAUCACAUCACCUGUCCUUCACCUUACCCGUUAUGCUCUUCACCUGUCCAUUUCCUUCAUCUUCUCUUUCUCACUGUCCACUCGAUAAAGCACAACCCACAUGGGAUUUAAAAACCAUCAUUUAAAAGAGAAAUAGCAACCAUUGAGACUGAGAUAUGGUUGCCAUUUGGGGAAUUUAAAAAAACAAAACAUUGUUUAAAUGCAUUAUAGUUCCCGAUUGAGAGAUUUUUAAAAAUACUGAACAGAAUCAGCUCCCCCUGUGGUACGAACCCCAGAUUCUCCAUCCAUCCAUCCAUCCAUUAUCUAACCCACUUAUA